AUGGGAGAGUGGUUUGGAAACUCUUGGGUUUGGAACCUACAAUGGCGCCGUCUCUUGUAUGAUUGGGAGAUCGAAGACUUGAGGGGUCUGGAGCACAUGAUUCAACUAAAUGAGCCAAAAAGAGAUACAGAAGAUGGGGUCCUAUGGCAUAGCACAGAAGUGGCAUCUUAUCCUACAAAAUGCAUCUACGCCAAAUUCAAUGAUUCCCCUGGCUCCUCCCUACCGAAUUCCAUAGCUCCUAUUAUAUGGAAAAAUUUUAUACCUCCAAGAGCAAAACUGACUAUAUGGCUAGCAAAUCAGGAGAAGCUGAAAACAGGAGAUUUCCUUGUGGAGAAAGGAAUCAUUACCCAGCAGAAUGCCUGGUGUCCCUUUUGCAGGAAUGAAAUAGAAUCAAACUCUCAUAUUCUUUUUGUGUGCAGAUUUGCAUGGUCCGCGUGGAUGGAAGUUCUAAAAUGGUGGGGCCUCUCAGCUCCUCUCCAUAUGCAGUUUUCAAAAUUUAGCAUUCAAUGGUUAGGCUUGGCGGACGGGAGAAGACACAGACACUUCUGGGCUCUGAUGUUUGGUUGCAUUAUAUGGUCCUUGUGGUAUGAAAGAAACCUGAUCAAGUUCGAGAGGAAGAUCCCCAAUCUUCAGAAUUUUGUUUCGUCGCUGAGAAUCAGAAUUGGAAUAUGGGCAAAGGAAAUGAUGGGAUCCUUUGGCUGUGCACCAAAUGCUAUAUAUAAUGCAGAUUCUUUUAUCAUGUAUUCCUAA